ACAGAACACGUGUGGCUCCAGCUGCUCUCGGCGCCAGGGAGGAAACCUUUAUACUUUUAAGGCACACAGCUCGUCGCGGCGGCACACAUGGGGAAGAAGGACAAGAAGAAGGGCCAGGGGGCGGUGAAGACGGCGGUCAAGACGGAGAAAAAGGCCAAUACGAAGCUGAAAAAGGAGAUGGCGGCCAAAGGAGAGGAGGACUUUGACACCCUCCUUGCCAAAUUUGCUGCCCAAGAUGCAGCAGUGAAUGCAGUGAAGGAAGAGGUGGUGUCCCCUCCAAGUCGGAGGUCUUGCUUUACACUCACACCCCACCCAUGGCAGGAUCAACUCAUUUUCUUUGGAGGAGAAUACUUCAAUGGCUCAAAGACCAUGAUGUACAACGACCUGUUCCUGUACCACACCAAGCACGACCGCUGGGUGCAGGUGAUGGCGCCCCACAGCCCGCCGCCAAGGUCUGGCCACCAGGCUGUAGCGGUGGGGCGCGAGGGAGGUCAGCUGUGGAUCUUUGGAGGAGAGUUUAGCAGUGUUACUCAAUCUCAUUUCUACCACUUCAAAGACUUGUGGGUCUUCCACUUGGCAGAGAAUAAGUGGGAGAAAGUCCCAGGUGGCGGUGGCCCCUCAGCCAGGAGUGGGCACCGAAUGGCAGUUCAUGGCAAUCAACUCCUGGUAUUUGGAGGCUUCAAUGACAAUGGCAGACAGUUCCGCUACUACAACGAUAUUUACUCCUUCUGUCUGAAUGACCGCAAGUGGACCAAGCUGGCAGUUGUCGGCAAUGGUCCGUGCCCUCGGUCCGGCUGCCUGCUGACGCCUGUGCCCAGCGGAGGCAUCUUGGUGGGUGGCGGGUACAGCAAAGAGCCUGCCAAGAAAGACGAGGAGAAGGGCGUCACCCACACAGAUAUGUUUCUUCUUGCCCCAGACAAGCAUGACAAGACUGGUACUAAAUGGAAGUGGCAGAGUGUGCGCCAGGGAGGCACGCGGCCGUCUCCUCGGUGCGGCGCCUCUCUCGCUGUGGGGACGGGAGAGCGCGCCUAUGUGUUUGGCGGAGUGCACGACCAGGAGGAGGAUGACGACGAUGAAGGGGGACUAUUAGGAACCUUCUUCAAUGACUUGUAUCUCUUGGAUCUGAAGAAGUUUGUUUGGCAUACAGUAACCGUAAGUGGAAAGAAAGAGGAAGGAGAGAAGAAAAAGAGGAGGAGAAAAAAGGAGGAUGGAAAAGAAGAAAGUGACGAAGAGAUGGAGGAGAAAAUGGAGGGCCUGAACGUGGCAGAGGAAGAUGAAGCGAAGGAGAAAGUAGUGAGUGACGACGGAGUGUUCACUGUCACAGUUGGGCCGUCUAGCUCAGCAGCGGGCCAAGCGGGUAGCAAGCCAAUGGAUGAUAAUGGCAGCAGCCCAGAAGUGUUUGUGCCGCCAGUGCGCAUGAAUGCCGGGGUGGCCGUGAAGCGAGGAGUGCUCUACUUGUAUGGCGGCAUGUGUGAGGACAGCCACAAGCAGCUCACCCUCAAUGACUUCUAUUCUCUGGACCUGAAUAAGCUGGAUGAGUGGCGGACCAUCAUCUCCCUGGACCAAGCGGACCUGGAGUGGUUUGAGAGUGAGGGCGAAGAUGACAGUGAUGAUGAUGAUGACAGUGAUGAUGAUGAUGAUGAUAGUGAAGAGGAGGAUGAUGAAGAGAUGGAAGAAGCCUCUGCAAUGGAAACAGAGUAAAGAUAAUUGUAUUUGUAACAUUGCUGAGCAUGUAAUUGUUCAUCACUUGUUAUUUUUUCAUUGUCUUAAGGUAAAUCCAUCUUCGUUAUCCUGGGUAAAAGAUGGUAAGGCAUUGUAGUAUGAUUGCACCAGAAAAUAACUGCUUUAAGUCUUAAUGACAAUGCAGUUCUACAGUCCUGAGGUAAGACGCCUCAACCACUAGAUGGAGGACAUUUGGAAGCCUCAGGUCUUUAAUACUGCACACUUUCUUUGAUGGCAGUUAUUUGUGGGUGGGUGGGUCAGUGGGUGGAUCAUAUUGUUGAAGAAUAUUAACUUCAUCUGUGUGAAGUGCAAAGUGGCUCAACCAAAGGGUGUUUAUGCUGCUCCGUUCAGCCUCUGUGAUAUACAUCAAUACAUGUCUGAUGAAAA